CCUCUCUCCAUCAGCUGCUGUCAGACUUCGCUGUCGUUCGUCCAAUCAGGACCAACGCCGAGGGCCACUUCCUGUCUGCAUCAGUCUCCGCCCCCCGCCGCAACAGAAGACACGCCCCCUCCACCGACGACACGCCCUUUGACGUUAACAACCACAGACAAACAGACACGCCCACUUCACACCAUGCCCUUCCCACAUAUGCCUCACCGUCCAAUCAGAGAGGCCGUGGCUGGAGGGGGCGGGGUCCCGGGGAGCAGGAGGCAGAGCUCUUCUACAAUGUGACGGUGUUCGGCAGGAAUCUGCACCUGAGGCUGCGCCCGAACACCCGCCUGCUAGCCCCCGCCGCCACCAUGGAGUGGGAGGAGUCAGGGCGACAACACUCUCAGCCAAUAGGAGACGCCGGCUGCUUCUACACGGGAGACGUGACCAAUAUGGAGGACGCAUCCGUCGCCAUCAGCAACUGUGACGGGCUGGCCGGGAUGAUCCGGACGGGUCAGGAGGAGUUCUUCAUCGAGCCGCUGGAUCGAUGGAGGACAGGAAGAGCAGAAGAGGAAGAGGAAGAGGAAGUAGAAGGAAGACGACACAUCGUUUAUCGCUCGUCGGCCAUCAUUAAGAAACAACCAGCUGUCAAUCAAACGGCUGAAGACUUCCUCCGAGGUCCUCUGUUAGGCUCUCUGAACCUCACACAGGACGUUUGGACCGGAUCCAGAUCCGCUCGACACCGGCGCUACAUCGAAGAGGCCGAAGAGUUCAACAUCGAGGUUUUGUUAGCAGUGGAUUAUUCCGUUCUUCUCUUCCACGGUCGAGACCACAUUCAGAAAUAUCUCCUGACCCUCAUGAACAUAGUUAAUGAGAUCUAUCAAGAUCACUCUCUGGGCGCCAACAUCAACGUAGUGCUGGUCCGGAUCGUCAUGCUGUCUCCAUCCAAGUCUCAGCAGCUGAUCUCCGUGGGGAACCCUCAGAAGAGCCUGGAGAAUGUGUGCGGCUGGUCCUACCUCCAGCAGAGAGAGCAGAGCCACGCCGAGCAGCACGACCACACCGUGUACCUGACCAGGCAGGAGUUCGGGCCCUCGGGCAUGCAGGGUUAUGCUCCAGUUAAAGGAAUGUGUCAGCUGCACCGGAGCUGUGUCCUCGUCCUCGAAGACGGAUUCUCCUCAGCCUUCGUCGCUGCUCAUGAAACGGGACACGUGCUGGGGAUGGAGCAUGACGGAGAGGCGAACGCCUGCGAGGACGACGUCCCGCUGGGCAGCAUCAUGUCCCCGAGGGUCCAGGCCACCUUCCACCGGUACCACUGGUCCCGCUGCAGCUGGAAGGAGCUGCACACCUACCUGAA